AUGAGGACUUCACAGCUUCAUUUACACAUGACCGGAUUCGGUCCAUUUAAAGCCAUCACAGAUAACCCAAGUGCUACUAUUGGAGCCACUGUAGCCCUGCAGUUGGCAGAGAAAAGUACAUUAAGUGUUCACUAUGAAGAACUCGCUGUGGAGUUGGAAGCUGUCUCUACAUACUUUACAAGUCUUGAAGAGACACUUUCUCAGCAAAUGGACUGUAAUGGAAAUGAUGAACGUGUAUUACUCGUCCAUUUGGGUGUUCACAGUACAGAAAUGAAUGGACAAUUACGUCUGGAAGUCUGUGGAUAUAAUGAAUUGGAAGGUAAUCCUAUUGAUAUUUCUAAACCAAUGGAUGUGAGUUUAGAAAGUGCCUUUAUUCGUAAUGGAAGUAAUACAGCCACCGCAACGACCACACUCAUAGAGCAGUUGAAUACUGUCAUUCAAUCAUUGGAAGAAAGAAGAAGGGGAGAAAAUACGAAUGAUCAUUCUGAACAUAAAGGUCCACGUUGGAUUAUCUCUCAUGAUGCUGGACGGUAUUAUUGUAAUUAUGCUUUAUAUAGAAGUUUGAAGUUGCAAGAAAGAUGGAAUGGACGUGUGUUUGCAGUGUUUGUGCAUGUAGUCAUUCCAGAGAUAUGUGGAAACCCAAGUUUGGAAGAGCAGAUAUCACAAGUACGGUCACUUAUUUUGGGUCUUGUGGAAAUUGUAAAUGAAAAAACAUGA